CGAGAGUCGAGAUCAAGUCAAUCAGUUUCAGUUUAUUAAUGAUAAUAUUAUACCGUUAAAAUUAACACCGGUUUAUUGCUGUUACGUCUACUGUUUUAAUUAAUUUACGUAUUUUCUACUUUAAUAACAUUUUACUAUUCAAAAUUUCUAAAAAUGAGUGUUGAUGAAAAUAAAACAUAUACUUUCAAACUUUAUGUCUACAAAAAUCAAAAAGAAGAUGAAAUUCGCAAAUUUGGUUUAAAGACAAAUGAACUUUCUUUUGAGAAAAUGGUGGAAACGUUAGAAGCCAUUUUUCCCUUAAAUCAAUUCAAUAAAUUUACAUUACUAUGGAAAGAUAAAGAAUCCGACAUGAUAACUUUGUCAAGUUCAAAGGAAUUUUCGAUUUUUGAAGAACACGUUAUUAAAUCAACAGACCAAGAGAUAAAACUUUACAUUAAUAUUGAAGAUGAACUCUAUUCUAUUUCGAAGAAAUUUGACAAUUGUGGAUUAAAGGUCAAUUACACUUGUAAAACUUGUCAGAAAACUAUUAUUCCCAAGUGUACAGAUUGUUUUAAACAAAAUUUGCCACAAGAACGUAAAAUAUUAAAUAUUGUUGAUCAAUCAUUGAGUAACAUAAAUCGAACAGAUGAUAAAAACGAACCAAAAGCAAUUAAUACAUUGAGUACAAUUAAACCUAUAAACAAUCAAAAGGGUUCUGAUUCUCCUGCUUUUUCUUUUGGUUCAUCAGUAAAUUUUCCAUCUAAUUCUGAUUUUAAAAAAACACCAGUAAGUUUUGGUUCACCAGGAGUCUCAACAAAUUUGUUUAAGUGAUUAUAUUUAAUUUAUAACUCAAUGUGUUAAAAGUAUUAUAUUUUUUUUAAAAAUUAAUUAUGUGAUAUAUAUUUAAUUUUUUUUAUGAAAAUUCUUCACGACACUAUUAUUGUCAAUAAUAUAAUGUUUUUUCAUAAAUAAUCUAAUUCAAGUAUAAUAAUAUAAGAACCAAUUUUUAUACUAUUAUGAAUAAUCAAUGACGAUAAUAAAUGAAUAAAGUUUAGUUUUUUGUAAAA